AUGAAGAUCUACGGAUUCGACAACGACAUCGUACUCAGUGGUGCCAACCUCAGUCGAGACUACUUUACCAAUCGAAGGGACCGAUACUUGCUCGUCGAGGAUCACGAGGACAUCGCCAACUACCUCCAUUCGCUCGUCCAACUUGUCGGGCAAUUCAGCUUCAAGCUCGAAGCGAGGCCAGUGGAGGUCUCGACCGAGGCCCAACGCACGAGCCCAGACUGGAAGCUAAUAUGGGACGGAGGCAAAGACUCUACACCUCCGUUGGUCGAACAGACAGAAAUGCAGGCCUAUCCAGAAUCCGGAUGGACGGACGCAGCGUCGGGCGCGGUCGAGGAAUUCACCCGCCAGUGGCACAGCCGUUCGCUGGUGCCCGCAACUGAGACAAGCAAGGGCAGCAAAGAUGUCGACACUCUGCUACUUCCGUUGCUUCAAAUGGGUCCCUUGAAGAUCAGGCAGGAGACUCGUGGGAUUCCACAAAUCAUCGAAUUGGCUCUCGAUGCUCCUCGGCAAGAGGGACGACCGCCGACCCUGGCGCUGACAUCUGGAUACUUUUCCCUCUACGACCCGUACAAGAAGCUCUUGCUGCGCGCCAAAGCUGCCCAGAGCGCCAUUGUUAAAAUUAUCUGCGCCGCGCCCGAAGCAAACGGCUUCUUUCAGUCCAAAGGCGUCUCGGGCUGGAUCCCAGAGGCGUACACUUGGUACGAGUACCGGUUCUGGAACGCGCUACGACGUUCCAAAGGGCUUUGGAAGCAGGAUGGCAGGGACCCCGAUCAAGGAGGCGUAGAGAUCCGAGAAUGGAAAAAGGACGGAUGGACCUACCAUGCGAAAGGGAUAUGGUAUUACCCUCCACCGGCAGAAGGGCCUGAGGAAACAGCAGCUCCCACCAUGGUCCACGUUGGCUCCAGCAACUACGGCUCACGAUCAGCUGAUCUGGAUCUGGAGUGCACGUUUUUGAUCUCGACGCGCUCGAAGGAGCUCUCACAAAGGUUCAAAGAGGAGUAUGCGACGCUGGAGAAGGAUGCAAAGGAUGUCGUUGACGAAGCGCUGUUCCAAAGACCUGAUCACAUCCAGAUGGCGUCAACCACUUCUGCAGGAACGUUCGAGGCGCGCAGUGCCACUGUCUCGCGCGUGACCAACGAGACCAAGAUCGAGGUUUCGCUUUCGUUGGAUACGCACCCUACGUUUGCGCCACAGACGAUCAAUGUCAAGACUGGAGUUGGCUUCUUGGACCACAUGCUUCACGCGCUGGCCAAGCACGGUGGGAUGUCGCUGACGCUGGCAUGCCACGGCGAUCUGUACAUCGACGACCACCACACUGCCGAAGACUGUGCACUCGCGCUUGGCGCAGCAUUCAAGAAAGCCCUGGGACCGGUCAAGGGCAUCAAGCGAUACGGAACGGGCCACGCACCGCUCGACGAGGCGCUCAGCCGUGCGGUGAUCGACAUCAGCUCGCGCCCUUACUGCGUCGCUGAGCUCGGGCUCAAGCGCGAAAAGAUCGGCGACCUGAGCUGCGAGAUGAUCCCGCACGUAUUCCACAGCUUUGCCAUGGAGGCUGGUGUCACACUGCACGUCGACUGCCUGCGCGGCGACAACGACCACCACCGUUCCGAGUCGGCCUUCAAGGCUCUCGCUCUGGCUAUCAAGGAGGCGAUUACCCGAACGGGUACUGACGAUGUGCCCAGCACCAAGGGUGUUCUCUGA